AUGGCCGAACUUAAGCCACGCAUCUUGCUUUGGAUUCUGCUGCUAUUAUCUUGCAGUGCUGAAGCGAGAGCUAGUUCAGAAGCAGAGGCGCUCCUCACAUGGAAGUCGACUCUUGAGAACCAAACUGCCCUUCGAUCGUGGACGGCCAGCAGGACGAUGGGUGACCCGAACCUGUCGACAAGGCCGUGCAGAUGGUUUGGCGUCUCUUGCAAUGCGGAGGGCAGCAUCACGAAGAUACAUCUCCCGCGCGCAAGCCUAGGGGGAAACCUCACUGGCUUUGAGUUCUCGGCUUUCGACAGCCUGGUGUCCCUCAAUCUCAGCCAAUGCAACCUCUCGGGGCCUAUCCCACCUCAAAUCGGCUUGCUCUCAAAGCUGACGCACCUGAACCUCUCCAGGAACAUUCUCUCUGGUCGUCUCCCGCCCACACUUUCGAACCUCACUCGUCUCUCCUUGCUUUAUCUCGGCAACAACAUGAUAAACGGCAAGCUGGAUCCGCGCUUGUUUUCCAACUUGACUGAACUCCAGUUCCUGGAACUCCAAAACAACAAUUUCACUGGGAAAAUCCCCUUGGAGAUCAGCCUCCUGACGAAUCUCAUAGAGCUAGCUAUCAAUAACAACCGUCUGAAUGGCUCGAUCCCAUAUGAAAUCGGAAACCUGAAGCAUUUAGAUGCUAUAUCUUUAUACGGGAAUCAUCUCACCGGUCCAGUCCCUGUGUCCAUCGGCAAUCUUACUCGCUUGACAAUCUUGUACUUGCAGCAGAACAAUCUCUCAGGACCUAUUCCUCAGGAUAUUGUCAAGUGUACCAAGCUAGUCGAAAUAUUUCUGUAUGACAACGAUCUCUCGGGUUCAGUACCUCCAGGACUCGCCAACUUUUCAUUCCUGAAGAAGCUUCAUCUCAGUGAAAACAGUCUCUCUGGUCCCCUACCGCAAGUCUGCCGAGAGUCUCCUCUCGUAGUAUUCACGGCCGCCUUCAACAGCUUCACAGGUCCAAUGCCUAGAAGCUUGAGGAACUGCACGACUCUCGUGCGAGUCCGUCUCGAGAGCAACUUCCUUUCGGGGUAUCUAGACCGAGACUUCAGUGUCUAUCCGAACCUCAAUUAUCUUGACUUGAGCAACAAUAAGUUGAGGGGGGUCCUGUCCCCGUACUGGGGAUCAUGCCUAAAGCUGACACUGCUGAAAGUUGCUGGAAAUGAGAUCGGCGGCACCAUUCCGAAUGAGCUCGGCAAAUUAAGUGUCCUGGAAGUGCUCGAUCUGUCGUCUAACCAUAUUACCGGAUCGAUAUCCCAACAUUUAGGAAACUUUUCCUCUCUGUUUUGGCUGAAUUUAGCAGAGAACAGGCUCUCAGGUUCGAUUCCGCCUGAACUUGGGCAUCUGUCGCGUCUCAAGGACCUUGACCUCUCAUCAAACGAGCUGGGAGGCCCGAUUCCAGAACAACUCUGGAAAUGCUCAAAGCUGCGGAACCUGGUCCUGGCGAUGAACAAUCUCAACGGGUCUAUAUCACCUCAGGUCGGAAACCUAGCACUGCAAGGUUCCCUGAACUUGAGCCAUAACCGCCUCACCGGCAAUAUACCUCCACAGAUUGCAAAGUUGGCCGUGGAGCAUCUAGAUCUUUCUCACAAUGUGCUCUCCGGCAAAAUCCCUCCUUCCUUUGCCCUGAUGACUGGUUUAACAUCGGUCGAUUUCUCAUACAAUGAACUGGAAGGUCCGAUUCCAGACAGCAAAUUCUUCCUCCACUCUGCCCCAACUGCAUUCAGCAACAACAAGAACAUGUGCGGUCCGGUCCAAGGUUUCCAACCAUGCAAUGCUAAAUUGUCGGGGAGCGCAGUUCGCAAGAAAAGCCACAAAUUGUGGAUUAUAUUAGGCGUUUCUUCAUUGGUCGUUUUACUCCUUAUUGUGGUAUUGCUCGGAAAAUCCAUCCUAUCCCGCCAAAGAACGAAAUGCGCGAGUGUGAGAAUUGCUGGGCUAAACAGCAGAAAUGUUUUCUCCGUGCUGAACUAUGAUGGGAAAGUCGUCUACAAGGACAUCAUCAAAGCCACGGAGGGUUUCGAUGACAAGUAUUGCAUCGGCGAGGGCGGAAGCGGAAGAGUCUACAGAGCUCUGCUUCCAUCGGGACAUGCGUUAGCCGUAAAGAAGAUCAAGUCCUCGGAAGGUGAUGAAAUAGAGCAGAUCACAGCAAGCUUCAUCAAUGAGAUCAGGUUGUUGACAGCCAUACGACAUCGAAACAUUGUCAAGUUCUAUGGAUUCUGCUCUAGCAGGCCUCAUAAAUUCCUCGUGUACGACCUGAUUGAGAGGGGAAGCCUAGCGAGCACCCUGAACAAUGGCGGUGAAGCAGCACAGCUCGACUGGAGGAGGCGAGCAGAGAUCGUGAGGGACAUAGCACGGGCCCUGUGUUACAUGCACGACUGCACACCGCCGGUAAUUCAUCGAGACAUAUCAAGCCGAAACAUCCUGUUGAACACAGAAUAUAAAGCUUUUCUUUCCGAUUUCGGCAUCUCCAGGAUUUUAAAGCCUGAUUCGAGCAACUGGACGGCCGUGGCUGGCACGUACGGUUAUGUCGCUCCAGAGCUCGCGUACACAAUGAGCCUGACUGAAAAAUGCGAUGUUUAUAGCUUCGGUGUCCUGGUGCUCGAAGUGACAAUCGGAAAACACCCAGCGGAGCUCGGCAUAUCUCUGAAUUCCCUGCAAUCCGAGCAAAGCGUGGAGCUAGAAGAUCUGUUAGAUGCACGUCUUCCACCUCCGGCAGAUCAAAUCACCAUGAACGAAGUGAAAGCAAUAGUGAAGCAAGCACGUUCAUGUAUAGAUGUUGAUCCGAAUCGGAGGCCAACCAUGAGAGAAGUGUCGCAGGCACUCCUCGAAAAUUAGAACAAUCUUCACUAGUCUGGAGCAGGCACGCCCAUUUGUAUUUUCUCGCUGUAAUCGAUUCACUCCUAGUCCUCUACGAGUAGGCAAAUUUAAGCGUUAAAUAGGCAAUGACGAUCAUGUGCUUGUUUACGUGUAAUAAAAGCUUU